AUGAAUGUUCCCAGUGAAAUACCUAUUGUUUUCACAACACCAAUUUUGAUUCCUGGGUUUAUAUUGAAAAUUCGACUACAAGUUAAAGAAAAGUAAGGAUAUAAUAGACAUAUUAAUAUACGUACUUAAUAAAUAAAGUACUAAUAAAGUUAAUAAUAAUUCAUUUAAUAAUAUUCUUAUCAUAUUUUUGAAAUUUUUUUAAUUGUGUUUGUUUUUUUUUUUUUUUAUGUAAAUUGUUACGAUUCUUAUUACUAUUAAAAAUAUUAUCGAAAAAUUACUAAUUCUCAUAAUAUUUACAUUUUUAACACUUAUAAUGUAGUGGCGUAAACAAACAUUAUAUAUAAAAAAAAAAAAAAUUUAAUUUCAAUUACUUUUAUAGUUUUGUGCAAUUAUACGUAAUAUAUUUUAUAAAAAACUAAUAUAUCGGAGACCAAUAAGGUAUUGGCUGUGUAUAUGGAGUUAUCACAGGGGACAAAUAAUUUUCAGUAUUAUCAGAGUUUUUUACACGAAGACCAAAUUGUUCUAAAUCUAUUUUCAAUAAGUACAUUAAUAAUAUUGGUACUUCUUGGUAUUAUUUAAUGAAAGUUAUUCAAAUUAAUAACAAUAAAAUCUGCUGUCAUAAAUAAUAGUAUAAUGAAAGUUAUAAUAAUUAUUAAUAAUAAAAACUGCUGUGAAAAAAAGGAAGGUAAUAAAAACAUUUGCCUAUGGUUUUAUUUGGCACAAUUUUAUUGUUACCAUGGAUUUAUUCAGCAGUUCUCUUUUAAAUUUUAUUGAUAUCAAUGAAUAAUUCAACCAUUUUAUUAUUUAAUUUUAAAAGUAGAUACUUUUAGAAAAGAGUCAUGUAUAUAUAUAGGUUUUCGCUCAUUUGAAAUUAUUAAAAAUAAACGGUUAGUACAUAAUGAAUUUUGUAAAAUUUAUUUUUGUAAAUUACAAGCUUGUCCUUUAUUUUAGGUGCAUUUUUCAUCAGAAAAAUUAUUAUAAUAAUUAAUAGUUAUAUUAAUUAACUGAAAUAUCAGUUACAUCUAAGAAAGGUACCAAUUAAGUAAAAUCAUGUAGGUAACAUACUUAUUAAUCUUCACUAGGUACAGUAUUGAUAAUCCAACAUAUUCAGUAAGCUUGGGUCAAUUGAAACAAAUUAAAUUUCCAAAACAUUUGGUUCAUUACCAAAUAAUGACUUUAUUAUUAAGUAGUAGAAUUUAUCAAUAUUUUGUAAAUUUUUUUUAAUGAAAGGGAGGAGGAUAACUGGAUUUGUCAGUUUAUCACAACCCUAUAACUUAAUAAACAUUAAAUAGUAUUUUAUCAAAGUGGUAGUAAAUUAUAAAUUCUAUAUACGCAUUAUUUUUAUCUUAAAAAAAAAUAAGAAAAAAAAAUUAUUACAAAAUUUGAUCACCUAAUUAUUAUAAGUAAAAUAUGUUUCUUCCUCACCGUACCUCCCAGCUUGAAUAUAAGACCAUUAACAUAGACAUAGAGUUAUAUUUUUAUGUUUAUAAUUAAAUUUAAGUAUUAAGUGUUUUGAUCAAAUUUGAAAUAUGAAACAACUCUGUAUUUAUAUAUUUAAUUGUUUAUUUAUGUCUAUCAAAUGUUAUAUUUCAGUUUCAAUCUAUUGGAGUAUCUAUUAAAAGAUUAUGGAGUAAACUCUAUACCAAAACAUAUGGUCGGAAUAAUACCAUCAUUAGAUUUUGAAAAGGUAGAGAAUAUUAAUUAAUUGAAGUUUAUUAAAAUACCAAAAACAUUACUUAAAAUUUACAAACUUAAUACAUAAUAGGUAGGAUGUAUAAUUGAUGAUGUUAUUGGAACAAUUGGUCUGGUUCAAAAGGUGAUUAAAACUGGUUUAGUACCUGAAGAAUUUUAUAUAGUUGUGCGAGGAAUAUGUCGAUUCAAAUUGAAAGAAGCUAUUACUGAAGAACCUUUUAAAAUUCAUAAAAUUGAAGCUAUUGCUAAUUUCAAAAAGCUCAUUGGUAAGUUUUUCAUAACUAUUAAUUUAAAUAUAUUAUUCUGUACUGAAUUGUAAAUUAUUAAACAUAAUAUUAUAAUUUAGGCGAAGAAGAUAAAAAAGCAGAACUCAUAACUGUAUUUGAAAAAGUAUUUGUUGAUUGGAUGGCAUAUUACGAAGCAAGCGUAUUAGAUCCAUUUAUAAUGGCAAACCCAAAGGUUUAAGCAAGAUAAUUGUAAAUUUUUUUUUUGUAUAAAUAUUUUCACAUAUUUUCAUUAUUUUUCAGAGUAUUUUAAAGGAAUUUUCGUUGUGCGAUAUUGUGGAUAUUUGUUUAAGAAAUAUUGUACCUUUAAAUCAAAAAGUUACCUAUCAAAUCCUUAGAGCUACAGAUUUAAAUCAAAUAUUAAUAAUUAUUAUUGAAGUGUUAAAACUUGAAAGUAAAUAGUUUGACAUGUUAAAAAUAUAAAUUGUUUUAGUUUUCAUAGAGACAAAUUGAUAUGUAAAAUAUAAAUUUAAAAUUAUAUUGUUUGUGUUAUAGAUAUGGCACACAGAGGUUCUAAAUUUGGAAAAUCUGGUCUUCUUCCAUUUCCUCCUACAUUAUUUAAUACAUUGAUCAGUUCUUUCGAACUUAAUAAAUCCAAUGCGAAGAAACCUUUAUCAUGUGAACUACAAGAAAUCGAAACCAAGCUUAAGUAAAUACAAUCUAGAUAGUAUAUUAUGAAUUAAGUGUAUUUCAUUAGCAUAUAUUUUAUUUAGAGAAGAAGAUAUGCCAAAAUCUGUGUAUGACUUAAUAUUGAACGAAUUUAACAGGCUUAAAUUAAUUAAUACUAUCAGUCCUGAGUAUACUAUCAUAUUAAAUUAUGUUAGUUAUGUUGUUAAUUUGCCAUGGAACAAAAGUACAAAGGAAACAUUAGAUUUGGAAAAAACCAAAAAUGUACAGAUAUUUUAUAAGUUUAAUAAGUUUAAAGUUGUUUCAUUAUUGUAUUGUUUAUUCACUAUACAGGUAUUGGAAUUAAACCAUUAUGGUAUGGAUAAGGUAAAAAAGAGAAUAAUACAAUUUAUUGCUGUAAGAAUAUUGAAUCCAGAAAUACGCUCGCCUAUACUUUGUUUAAUCGGACCACCCGGUGUUGGAAAAACAACAAUAGCUAAAACCAUUGCAAAUUCGUUAAAUCGAACUUUUAAAAGGUUUACAAAUAUUAAACAUACCAUUAUUUGAAUUAUUCAAUAAAUUAAUAAAUAAUGGUACAUUUUUAUUUUAGAAUAUCAUUGGGUGGUAUAAAUCAUUACUCAGAUAUUAAAGGACACCGAAAAACAUAUGUCGGAUCAAUGCCUGGUUGUAUUAUUCAAGCUAUUAAUCAAGCACAAACAAAAAAUCCUGUCAUUUUGUUGGACGAAAUCGAUAAGAUGGUAAUAGAGUUAAAUAAUUAAAAUAUAAAUUUACUUGAUGAGAAGUUUAUAAUGUUAAUAAUUAAAAAGAGUAAACAGAAGGGUCACUGUUGUUGGUAAAAAGGUGGCUAGAAAGGAAAAAUGGUAAAAUAAUUUAAAUACUGGGUACAAAGAUGUAUCAAAACCGGAUUCUGAAAUAAGCUAAGUUAAACACAUAUGCGUAAAUUUAAAUCGGAAAGAUAAUUUAUUAUUUAUUUGUAACUUAUAAUCCAAAUAUUAUUAAGUUUUAAAUUCAAACACUCACAAAAGAAAAUAUUAUGUACGGGUGGGGGGGGGGCGGUGUUUAGAUUAGGUUUAGUUGAUGAAUGGAUCAUGUUAUAUCGUGCAUUGCAGACAAAAUAAAAAUAAAUAUUACAGUAAAAACUAAUACUUUCCUUGCUCUAUUCAAAAUUUAAAUAUUUCUAAUAUCAUUGUUCAUUGUCCAAGUUUUUCUCAACUAGAACUGCCUUAGAGCUAAAUUUUUUUAUUUCAGGGUUUUGGUAUGCAUUAUCGAGUUGGGGAGAAAUAUGUAAGUACGUUUUAUGAAUGCCAUUGCACAAAAGUAUUUACGAGAUACUAAUGAAUUUUUCUAUCAUAUUUAACUGAUAGUAAUGGAAAUAUAAUAUAUAUUUUUGAUUAUUUUCGAACCCAGUCAUUAAUUUUUUUUAAUAUUCGUCUGACAACAUCAUAAUAUGUAACAUUUAUAAUUCUGAAAUGUAACAAUGAAAGAAAUGUAGCAUUGCAAUACAUAGCAUUUAAUAACAAUUACGUAUCUGAAACAUAGCAUUUCUAUGUUCGCUUGUUGAUAACAGACAUUUUUAAAACAAUUCAAUGUUUCUGAAAUAUUUGUAUUGAAUAUAACUGUUAUUAAUAUUUAUUGCAGUUAUGUUUCAUUCAUGAAACUGGAAUGAAUUACAGAACCAAUAAUUUAGCUAUAUAGGUAUUCAUAUGUAUAUGAGUAAAUCAAUAAUCAAAUUUGUUUAAUUGAUUCCAGUAAUACUUUAUUGGGCCUGUAUAAAUAAAUAUAUUAUAUAUACCUAUAUAUAAUAAAUAUAAUGAGAAGAAAAUGCAAUACAAUUAAUUGAUUAUAACUUCUAACAAAUAAAUAAACCAAUUGAAACAAAAUACAAAUAUUCUAACUUUCAUCAUUAUCAACAAAUAUAUUAAAAUAUUAAUUAAUAAUAAAUUGUUAGAUGUAAAGAUAAAAAUUAAAAUUUUUUAUAUAUUAUCCAACCCAACACUUGAAUACAAAAAAAAAAAAAAAAUGUAAUAAAUAUAUUUGUCAGGCACAAUAAAUAAAAAUAUAUGUAUGCAAAUUAAUAAUAAUAUCUAAAUUAAGUAUAGAAAAAUUAAUAUUAUGUUGAUCAUAUGUAUUUAUUGAUUCAGUCAGUUAAGUAACUAUGUAUUUAAUAUACUAUCUCUGCUUGAACCAACCAUCAACCGAUUUGAUCUUGAAUUAAUUAUGUAAAACAUUAUCAAUACUAUACAUUUCUUAAAACUGUAAUAUGAAUUGAAUAAGUAAUAAUUUUACAUAUAUAAUAAAAUGUAAAGAAUUACAAUUAUCACACACAGGGUGAUUCACUAAGCGUGCUCACCCCAUUAUUUUGGUUAAAUAUUGCUUAUAUUCAAAUUCUGAUUUUUGAAAUUUUUAAGUGUAGUUAAAGUCAAUGCUUAGAUUUUUCAAAACAUUUAAGUAGUAUCCUGAGGCGGGGCCAACUUUGGUUUUUCCAAUUAUGAGAACCUAUAUUAGAAAUUCCAUAAAUAGACGGAGUAUUACUUUAAAUAAAUUUGACAUCGUUUAGUGAGUCGUCUUGUACAUCAUGACGUACAUUUUUUUUUAAAAAAACUACUGAUUCAAUAUAUAAUAAAAAAGUUUUUAGUUCUGUAGUUCACAUUAUUGUGAUAGCUAUUAUUGUACACAUAAUUAUAAUAAUCUAGGCCUGCUCGUAAAAAAAUCAUCAGUAUCUUUCACUAUUGAAAAACAAACUCUUCCGUUUAUAAAUAUAAGAACCUUUAAUUACACACUUGAAACAACUAUGAUAACCAAAGUGACUGUUAGUAGAUAAAACAUACAAUUUUGAUGGUACAUCAUAUAUACCAUAAGGACAUAUAUUAUGUCACAUAUGUAAUAGAUUACCAUUAAAAUUAAAUACAUUUUUUUAUUAUUAAAAUAAUUUCAUCAAAAAAUUGUUUUAAAAACUCAUUUCAAUUAAAUUGUGUUUCAAAACCUAUAUAAUAAACACUUUUUUCUAUUUAGUACUUGAACAUAAAAUAGGCAAUAAAUAACUAUUUGAUGGUUUUGUAAUAGGUAAUCCAUCCAGAGUGAUUAAAAAUUAAAUUUCAUUUACAUAAUUAAGUUGUCCAGAAGCAAUCAUUUGUAAAUAUUUUUCAACCCUAUUACACCAAUAAAAUCCAUUUCAAACAUUAAAUAAAAUAUUACUAAAACUACUUUUACUAGUUUUUAUUAUAGUUUGAGGAUCAAUGAGAAAAUUGAAAUUAAUGUUUUUUUUUUUUUUUUUUAAAUGAGCAAUAAUUUGGAAAGUGCAGUCUGCCAUAUUAUUAUUAAUUGACCAUGUUUGGAAACAUUUUUGUCUAGUUUAAAAGUUGUAAGUUAGGUUGUCAUCAAACAGUGGGUUGAACUGGUAUCACAAUCAAAAUUUACAUCACUAGAAACAGAAACAUUUAAAGAAUUAUAGUGUUCAUAAGUUACGAAAUAUAAAAACUCUUCAUCACAUGGUGUUAAAUUAUCAUUUUAUUUUGAUUUAUCUGAAUUAUAAAUACUAUUUUAUGAAUCCAAAUCUGAGCCAUUUAUAAUAUUUAAGAUGUGUAACACAUUAUCACUAGCAGCAAUUCGACAUAAAGGUCUACUAGAAGAAGAUCUAACUGAUUUUAGAUUCUGAGCGGACGAGGAAUGUAUUGGUUUUACAAUGAUGUUUUUUUUUCGUGAGAUUUUCCAAUAAGUGGGUAAUAAAAUAUACGGAAAGUAUUAUUUGAAAAUUGUAAAUAUUACAACCAUUUUAUUCCUGUGAACAACUUUUUUACCAGAAAUUUCGCUCCGAUUUUCAAGUCUAAUACUUUUUCUCAAAGGGAAUAUUUCUAAGGCGGUACUUUGAGGAAGUCAUUUUUUUUUUUAAUUUCCAAAGAGUUUUCUUAAUAAAUAGGGAAAAAAAAGUAGGGAAAAUGGGAAAAUUUAAAAAAAAUAAUGUUUUUAUAAUUUUAAAUUUUGCUUUUUGUAUUGUUGUGGUUCAGUUUAAAUGUUCGUAGAGUCUUAAAAAGUAUACAGCUACCUUAUAUGUAUCUUUUAUAUACGUGGUUAAAUUUUCAAAAAAUUUGAGUUUUUAUAGACGUUCUAAUUUUGAAAGUGUUUUCAUGUAAUAUUUAUUCGGUAGGUACUCACUCUGUGGAUACAAUUAUUCGACCAAAUACAAAUGCUUGAACAUUUAACAUGCGGUUCGUUAUUAGUUAUACUUAAUAGUCAACAAUAAAAAAUGGAGUUUAAUUUGGUUUUUUUUUUUAAUAAGAACUUUAAUAUCAAAUUGUUGACGAAAAUCGUAAAUAUUACGGCAUAGCAUUUGUACCAUCAGCAGCAUAGUUACUAAGUUGGUUUUGUAUAAAAUUUCAUUGUUAUUGAAGAAAUUCGUAAUAGCCUCAUAAAUACUUUACGCUGUAGCAUUAGCUAUUUCUUCUAAUAUUGCAAAUUCGUCGUGUAGGUACUUGGAAUGUGUUUUGGUUAAAAACCCUUACUAGAAUUUCCAAAUGCUUAGUUGAUUUUACAUUAGUCGAUUUAUUCACAAUUAUAGAAAAAUAUAUUUUCUUCAAUUUAGCAACUAAGUUUUCUAAACAUUAACUUCCAAUUGUAUAAUUCACAAUAGUUGUAGGCUGUAGCUUAAUUACAAUUAAAUGACAUUUUUUGCACAUCACAUUCCGGAAAAAUAUUGUUAAACAAUUUGACCAAAUCGGCCCUUGAUCUGAUGGAAAUAUUAUGUUCGAUUAUAAACAUUGACAAUCGUAUUACAGCAAUCUUUUGUCUACUUUCAAUAUCAUUGUGAGUCUUAAUACUUUUCAUACGGUUAAUUGGCGUUGUUGACUAAACUGCUUUAAUACAUUUUUGAUACUAUUCAGACAUUGAGUGUUUGCGCACAGCUGAUAUACAUCCCAAAUUAUUGGUGUUGUAUACCUUGCAAUGGAAAUGUAUACUUCCUUCCUUAAUGCUAUUCAACCAUGUAGAAUAAUCAGCUUCAUUUUUCCAUCCAUGGCGGUACCUAAGAGUGUAUGGUUCUUCAGUAGGUCAUCCUUUUGAAGACUUACUAUUUUCUUCUUCACUUAAAGACAUUUUAACGAAAUAAAGAUAACCACGGUUGGGUUAUCAUGAUAAAAGUUAAUUGGUAAAUCCAUUAGUCGAUAACCGUGGUUAAAAUAUUAUUAGGAUAUACCGAUUUUUUUUUUUUUUUUUUACAUAUAUAAUUUAAAUCUAAUAAUAUAAAGAUUUCCAAAUAGAUAUUUUAGUGAAAUAUAUUUAAAAUAAUUGUUAUUAUUUAAUUUUUUGAAAUUCUUUGCAAUUUGUUUUAUCCUUUAACUAUUCUUCAAAAUUUCAAUAAAUUCCCGGAAAAAAGAAAAAUCCUCACAUCUGGCAACCAAGAUUUUAACUUAAGAUCCUAACUUUUACCUUACCGAACUUAAAUUUAGAACGUUACUUGAAUUAGCGAACAAAAACUAAAAUAAAACCGUUGUUUACAUGUUAUUGGACAACCUAACCAAACUUACCUAACUUUAUUAUAUUUAUAACUUACUUAUCAUUUAGUCACGCAUUUAUUCAUCGCGUAUAUGCAUUAAAUUAUCAUGUGUUUGACAAUUAUAAUAAUAAUUGAUAACCAUCGAGAUAGACAAGAAUAUAUCUAGCAUCAAAGAACAGAGGUCGGCGUCUCACUCGCAACCGGACGGAAAGCAGGCCUCGAAAAUCACGUUCACGCGUCGGCCGAACUCGUCAACUGGGCUAGUAACAAAGAUCACCGCAGAAACGUUUAUUGGGAGUUUCAGCAGCCAGAACUCCAUGAUGGCGUCUUCAGUGGUGCCCUUGGGGAGGACUACACUUGGCGUGGAGCCGAAAUGGAAGCAGGCCGCCGGGCGCACAUGCAUGUGUGCGUACGAAGAGCUCGACUCGACGAGCGCCUCGGUGAGAUGCUUUCGAAUGGUGUCGUAUGACAGAGACAGGCCUAGGAGCCCGGUGGCCAUUCUCACGGCGUCGUCAAUGAACGCGGAAAGGACGAAGUUUACGUCGGCGAAAACUCGGCAUGCCAAGAACAAGUCGUUCUUGGUAUGCCGAAUUACCCACAAGGGUAUAUGUAAUGUAUUGUAUAUGAAAUGUUUCGGGAAUAUUAAACAUUUUUAGAAACGAAUUUUAAGCAUUGUUCUAUUACAUUUCGUUUCAGAAAUAUAAUUGUGACUAGUGAUGUUGUUAGGGAUCAUACUCUGAAUAAACCUCCCUACGAGAAUAUAGGAAUUAAUAUCGCAUACAUAGAUAUACGUAUGUGCAUAUAUGUUUUAAUAAAACAAUUUAGGAAACAGUGAGCAGCGGUAUUUACUUAGUAGUUACUUUAUUAAGUAAGUUAUCAGACUAUUUAUAAAUAAAUUUAAAAUUGCAUUUAAUAGAAAUUUACUAGAAUACUAUUAGAAUAUUUACUCAGUGUUAGACUAUGUUAAACUUUUUUGUGGAUUUGUUUAACCAAUAAAUUCAUAAACCGGAUUAUAGGAAUUAAAUGGUCAAUUGAAUCAAAUUUUCACUUACCAACACUUAUCAAAUUACCAUAACAAUUUAACUUUGCCAAAUAAAUACAUAAUUUAGUAUUUUAUCAAUCUUCAGAAAAUUUUUAAUUCAUGAGAAACUUUGUGAAUACAUGUUUCUAUAUUUUAAGGACUCUUAUAUUUGUAUGUAGAUGAUAUAGAAUUGUAAUUUUAUUUGAAAAGUAGCCAAACUCCAUUUUUUAACCCCUUUUGUCACACAUGAAAGGGUUUAGCUAUGAACAACAAAAUUGCUCUCCUAUAUCAAUAAACGAAAUGGGGGAGAGUGUGUUUGAUCAGCAUUUAAAAAUUUUUUCUUCAUCUAUAAAAUAAGGACCACUAUAUUAGGGGUACAUAUAAAUUUAAAAUUUAUUAGACAUUUAACAAAAAAAAAAGUUAAGACUAGUUAGUAAAUUGUACAUUUCUAAACUCAAAAUUUGUGUAUAACAUACACUUUUGUAUUUAUUCUUUAAUGUUUUAUAGGAUUAUAAUAUUAUAAUAAAAUAUAAACCGCUUAUAGUGACAUUUGAAGUACUAUUUAAAAUUGGUCAUAAUAGCCGAUUGCCAUUACCUAUAAUCAAAACGAUAAGAUAAAAUUAAAAAAACCUUGAUUAUGUAUUUAUCCGAACGUAAUAUUGUAUUACAAUUAAUUACAGCGAUAUUUUUAUGACUAAAUCGUGAUUUCAAAACAAACACAACAAAUUUAUUUAAACGAAAAAUGACAUUUGCUUUUUCUUCAAUAAUUGUAAAUCGUUUUCGUUCGCUCAUUUUACUACAAUUCAACACACCGAUUUAUACACAAAACACAGUUGAUUGCACAUUGAUUACGAUUGAGUAUCUACACUAACGUCAGUACACUGACGAUAAAAUUACGAAACAACAAUAUAUUUAGUAUUACCGAUUGUUAUAUUUCCUGCGAUAAAAAAAAAUUAACAUAAUCAUUAUAGAUUACAGAUUUUUCAAAUAUAACCAAAAAUAAUCGUCAUAACAUCCGUUCCGUAUAGUCAUUAUACAGACGUCAUAAUAAUCGAUACAAAUGUGUAGAUACACUGUACAUACCAUAUAGGAGUUUUUCCGGGACCUUUAAUCUAAAAUUAUUAUUACACUCUAUAUGUACAACCGGUGUUAUUAUAAACAGUAUCAGCUACUGUAUACCUGUCUUAACCUAACUGUUAAGCCAGUAGUGCGCAACCUCAGGGUCACGACCACUAAGUACCUACCUAAAUAUUAUAACUGAUGAUUGAUAUAGUUAUGUUUUACAUAAAUAUUUAAUUAUUUAAACAAAACAAUUAUAAUUAUUAUGUUGUGUUGAAAUAAUAAUAAUAAUAUUAUUUUUAUAUUUAGUAUAACGGUUCUGGCGGUGAUCCAGCUGCUGCAUUGUUAGAAGUUUUGGAUAUUGAACAGAAUGACUCAUUCAUUGAUUCAUACAUCAAUGUGCCAUUUGAUCUCAGUCAAGUUAUUUUUAUUUCAACCGCCAAUAAUGCAGCUGGUAUACCACAAACAUUGCGCGAUAGAAUGGAGUUGGUUUAUUUGGAAGGAUACACAUCAGUAUGACGAUUAAUACAAAUUAUUUUUUGUUGAAAUAAAGUCAAUUUAAUUUUAAUAUAGGACGCAAAAAUGCAAAUUGCAGAAAAUUAUUUAAUUCCCAAGAUAUUUAAAGAUCAUAGAAUGAAUGAUAAACAAAUAUCUAUUACAACAAAUGCUGUAAAAGAUAUAAGUACUUAUGCUCUUUUUGUAAUUUAAAAUAUUGCAUAAAAAUAAUAACAAUUAUAAUAAUUUGUCUAUGUAUAUGUUAUCAGUACAAAAAUAUACUUCCGAAGCUGGUGUACGUGACUUGCAACGUAAACUAGGAAUAAUCUGUCAUUACAUUGCUGUAAAAAUAGUUGAAAACACAGCAGAAGAACCGACAAAUUAUGUGAUCACACCAAAGUCAUUAUUGACAAUAUUUAAUGUAAAUACUGCAUGCAAAUUAGUUUUGUUUAAACUUAUUGAUUGUAAUUUUUAGGAUGAAAAUAUAUAUGAUACAAAAAGUUAUCUGGUGGAAAAGAGCAUUAAUAAAAUUGGUGUUGCUAUUGGUUUAGCAUGGACUCCGGUAGGUGGUCAAAUCCAAGUGAUUGAAACAUCUAAAACGUAUUCAAAAUCGAUUAAUGAUCUCUUGAUCAUAACCGGUCAGGCUGGCCGAACUUUAAAAGAGUCAAUUAAGAUAGCAGUUAGUUGGAUACAGUCAUUUGCCAAAAAAGUAAAUCUAUCUUGACAUUUUAUUGUUUUCGUUUAAUAAUAGUGAAAAUUAAAAUAAAAUUCAUCAAAUAGAAUAAAUUCAACAUAGACAACAUUUGUGUUCACGUUCAUCUUCCUGAAGGAAGUAUUAAAAAGGAUGGGCCAUCAGCUGGGAUGAGUAUUGUAUGUGCAAUAAUUUCGCUUAUAUGGAAUACACCUUUGAGACCAUUGAUUGCCAUGACAGGAGAAAUAUCUUUACAAGGAUUUGUAUUACCCGUAUGUCAUGUAUUUAAUUUUUUUUAUUGAAUUGUUGCUUUACUUAAUUAGAUUUUGUUUUACUUAGGUGGGCGGCAUAAAAGAAAAAGUUUUAGCAGCAUACGAUUCGGGUAUUAAAACCAUCAUCAUUCCUGCACUUAAUAUGAACGAUACAGUUGGUUUACCUAAAAAAAUGAAUGUAAGUUUUUUGUAAAUUUUAACAAGGUACUUUCUAGGAUACAAUAUAACUGUCCAUUUAUUCCAUUAUUAUGCUAUAAAACUGAUUAUAAGUAAUAUUAAAAUAAUUAAUAAAUAUCUGAUUUUAAUGAUUGUUCAAAAGUAUAAAUAAUGUUAGAUAAUUUCAAAGAAUAACCAACCAUUAUAUAUUCCUUUGAGUAUUAUACAUAGAAAAUUGAAUUUCAUAUAAUACUUUAGAGAUUAUAAAAACUUUGAAAUUCUAUAACUAAAUAUAUUUCCAAAUAUAAAAUUAUUAAAACAGACUACUAUCCAAAACCAAAGUUUUUGUCAAAAUCCUUAGUGUGGGUAUACAUAUUUUAAAUUAAAAAAUAUAAUGAUUACUAAAAUUUGUAAUUUUUAAAAUAUGUAAAAAAAUUAAUACCACAUAUAAGAUAAAAUUUCACUAGAAUAUUAUUUAUUUAUAAUUUGUUAACAUUUUAGAUUCCAAAAGUAGCGAGGGAACUAUUGGUUUUACAAUGCUGUAUAUUUCUUUAUCUUUUUUUCUUUCGUUGUUCUAGUCUGUGGACAUGUUUUUUCCUAGUAAACUUGCUCCGAUUUUUACGUGUAACAACAUUUCUGAAACGUUCGCGUUCAACAAAAAUAAUCAAUAACAAGUCUAAUAUCAUGUGUAAUAACACAUAAACUUAAAAAAAAUACAAAAACUGAAAUUAUGAACGGUGAGCUACCAUAUAUAAAAUUCCGAAAAUAAGUUAGACACAACAAAACCACUUAGAAAUAUUUCCGAGAAAAUUAUUAAUAUAUUAGACGCACAAAAAAUAUAUUCACAAGCUCAUUGUAUAUCGGCAGAUUUAUGCCAUACCCCUAUAUCCAAAGAAAUAUUAAAAAAAAAAUAGUUGAUACUGGAGAUGGGAGCGGCCCCUCUGUUGUAGGUGAGAAGUUGGGAAAGUAUGAUACAUAAGAUUAUUUUAUUUAUAUCUGUGAGAAACGAUAAACCAUUGCUUGACGAAAGACGAUUCCGAGCGCAGUUAAAUAAUACAUAAUUUGAAGUACCUUUUUUUUUGCCAUUUCAGUUUUUAGUGUCCACGUCCACUGUUAGAAGUGUCCACUGUUAAGAGAUUAUAACUCCUAUUAUGUACUUAUAUUUUUUCCGGGGAAUUUAAUAAUAGCCACUAUUGGGAAGGGUCCACUAUUGAGAGGUGUCCAUUAAUAGACGUUUAACUAUAGUCUUUAUUUGUUAGCGUUUUAGGAUCAAAUGUUGAAGAUAAUAAUUAUAAAUAUUAUGGUAUAUUAUCAUGUUUUGUUGACAAUAAGUUAUCGUUGAUUACAGAUGAAUGAAAUUACUGUAUGUAUCCUAACUUUUUUUUUUUCUGUCUGGAAAAUGAAUACCAAAUUAUUUUAUUAAAAUAAAUUAGAUGUACUAAAAUAUUAUAUAAUUUACAAUUAUUGAGAUAUUUCUAUAACUUUUGUGUUUUUUGAUUUAGGAUGAUUUAAAUAUCGUUCCUGUAAAUCACUUGGAAGAAGUACUGGAAAUUGUUAUAACUGGUGGACUAAAAUAUUUGAAAAAUCCGACAGACGGUGAAAAAAUACCAUCUUCUAAACUUUAG